AUGAACUCGCUGAAUAUCCUAUCGGCUCGAGUCAUCGGCCAGACUUCGAAUUCGAAGCGAAGCCGCCAGCGAUCUCAUUCCCAUGGGGAUGCGUCGCCUGUGAUCGCUCCCAGCGAUCUGGCCAAGUUCCGGUCCUAUAGCGAAAGCAACUUUCAUGCAGUCGAUGCCGAUGAAAAGAACUACGAAGACACGCCCGAAUCGCCGGAGGAUGUUAAUCAUGACGAGUAUAUAUUGGACGAGAAGUCGCCGUUGUUACGAGGACUUCCGAAAAGCCCCUCUGCACUUGCUACCAGAAGCUCUUUAGGUCUAAUCGCACAGCGGCUCCUAGAAGCAGUCACCGAAACGAUUAAGUUCAUCUUGGAAACAUUGGUGUCGCCGGGUGUGUAUGUAGCUCAAAGCUUUCGAGACGAAACUGGGAGCUACUCGCCUCUGGCGCCGGUGAGAAAGCUCCAACGCUCUAUAUCUGGCUCUUCGUCCUCAAGUAGUCCGAAUACGCCUAUUAGAUCUGCUGCUCACGGUGAAGGCAAGCGCCGCUCCGGCUCUGCUAGAAAGCUGCGAAGUCACCCGUCCCGCGAUUCUGUUGCAUCGAGUACUUCGGAGUCGGAAGGGGAUCGUCGGGCCAUGAAAGGACUUACGACUAGUCGACCUCGUGCCGCCAAGAAAACUUCGAGCGGAGAAUUAAUAUCAGACGGGACGGCUCCGCGGAGGUCUAUUCGAAUCAAGCUCAAUAAUGAGGAAGCUCUGCAGCGACAACGGCAACGGCGAGCGCGGAGCGCUGACCUCGACCAGUCAUCGCGGAAUGGCAGACCGGAUUCACUUGAUCCAGAUAGUUUAAAAUCUCCUGCGUCUCCGUCUGUUCACUUGGUCACGCGAUAUCCUCAUUCUCCGGUUCCCCCUCGGCCGCUCAUCCCAUCCCGUCUUCCGUCGUACACGGCUACUAGCAGAAACGCCAGGAUUCCGCAGAAAACGCUUGUUCUAGACUUGGACGAGACCCUCAUUCACUCACUUGCCAAGGGAGGCCGUAUGUCGAGCGGCCACAUGGUUGAAGUCAAACUAGCUACACCAAUGACAACUGCCCUCUCACCUGGCGCGCCGCCUACCACUCUCGGACCUCAACACCCCAUCUUAUAUUAUGUGCACAAACGACCUCACUGUGACGAAUUCCUUCGCAAGAUCUCCAAAUGGUAUAAACUAGUUGUCUUUACCGCAAGCGUGCAAGAGUACGCCGAUCCGGUCAUCGACUGGCUGGAGCAGGAGCGGAAAUACUUUCAAGCCCGGUACUACCGGCAACACUGUACAUUCCGGAAUGGCGCCUACAUCAAAGAUCUCAGCUCGGUUGAGCCGGAUCUUAGCCGAGUCAUGAUUUUGGACAACAGUCCAAUGAGCUAUAUCUUCCAUGAAGACAACGCUAUUCCUAUUGAGGGCUGGAUCAAUGACCCAACAGACAACGGUCUUCUUCAUCUCAUCCCUAUGCUGGAAGCCCUACAGUACGUCACUGACGUUAGGGCAUUCCUAGCUCUGCGUAGAGGAGAAGCGGACGCUCUAUAG